GAGGGGCAGACGGGAGCUGACCGUUCAGCACGGGUAUACGGCAGACGCGCCAGGGGAGCACGGCACCGAUGGCGCGCCUCCCCCGACAGACGUGGAUUCUCCCCGGCCGCCAACCCACCACCACCACCGCGCUCUUUCAGUGCUUUUCCGGUGCCGGUAGUGACGGCCCCUCACCGAGGUGACGACGAAGCAAACGUAAACCGUGUGACAGCUGGCGUCCUGAAGCCAGCAUGGGCAACCGACAAAGCAGCACGCCGACGGAGGCCAGCGAAGACGACCCAGUUCCGACAUUGCCGCAUCUGGUGCAACGUCUUCGUAAACAGUGUGACAGCUGGUGUCCUCACAUCGGCGUCCUCAAAGCCAGGAUGGGCAACCGACAUUGCAGCAAGCGGACAGAGGACCGCAAGAGCAACCCAGUCCUGGCGAGAACGAGCGACGCCUACGUGGUUCCAGAAUGGCGCGCCUGCUUCUUCCCAGCCUCCACGCGUCCUGAGGAGCUGCGGUUUGCAUCCCGGAAAGAAGCAGUGCGAGCGCAAGCACUUGCUCUUAGUGCGAUGAGUCCUGAAGGCCUGUCAGUGGACGAAGCGUUCCAUGUGCUGCGCCAGGCGGAAGUGCACCUUGCCAAGCAGGGAGUCGACAUGAGUCGCCAGUGUGGGAAGAGCGACACGGGAUCUUGUUACCUCGAGGACAUGGUGGACACCGUGAACACCUGCCUGGUGGCCGUGAACAUGUGCCUAAGAAAUAGCUGGUCCGGGCCCUUGGUUCUUAGCUCAGUGGACACGCCUUUCACGGAGCCUGCAAAGGAAGCCGCGGUGAAGUGCGCCGCGGUCGUGGUGCGCUGGUUGGUGCUCAGGCACCGGUGUAUCUUGGCGCUGGACUUGGAUGACAGCAAAUGUCGGAAGUACCGCGAGUUCGCCGGGCUUUGGCUCGAGUGCCUCGGCAAAGAAAAUACCCUAAGGGUUCUCAGAGUUAAACUGCCGACGACUCGUCCCUGUGCUGGAGAGUGGCCCUUAAAGGAAGUUUGGCAGGCUUGUUGGCUCCGUACGUUAGAACUGAGGCACGUAGAUUUGUCGGGAACCGCUGAUGUUGCGUUCGAAGAGCUCGCCAAUUUCAUGCAGCGGUGCACUCAACUGACGGAGCUCACACUAUCGCACUUCAUGAAGCCGCUCAAGGAUCCCACAAUGCUAUUCAGGGCUCUGCAGGCAAAUCGGAAUCUCACGUUUCUGUCCAUGGACAUUUCUUACUUGCAGUGCCAGCACGGAUCGCUCCUGGUGGAAUAUUUCGGUCGCUUGCCCCGUCUCAAAUAUCUGACCCUGACGAGCUCCAUCGAGGCUCCUGCAAUAAAACUGCGUUCCUUCGUAAGUGCCGCGGAACACUUGACAUACUUGGUGGCCAUAACUCUCGAAAAGUUUUCUCUGAGUUUGGAAUGCGCGCUCGCUUUGGCUGAUGCAGUUGUGCGUAACGGGGGGCUGCGCGUCUUAGAACUCCUAAACUGCCAGUGGUUUGUGCUAGACGCGGGAGGGCGGCAGAAAGUAUUUCAAUACAUUGAGGCUCCGCGGCGCGUUUUGCCACUUGUCAUGAUACUAGCGCUGAGCAGGCACCUAGAAGACAUGACGCUGAAUUUGAACGUCUUUGACGCGGAAGAAUUGGACUCAUUCUUCAAAGCCCUUGCGCGGAAUGACAAAGUACGAGUAGUAGCCGAACACGUAGACCAGCAGAGUAUUGCGAAGAUUAGCGAAGCCGCACGCAGGACGAGAACCGACGCGAGGUUGCGGCUUCCUGCGGUCUCCGUGAACGAAGUUGGCUUUCAGGCUGUGCGAGAUGCCAAAGUCGCGGCUCUUUCUCUACGAACGCGCGAAUACUGCUCGCGAGGCGCCGUGUAUGACUGCCUCGUAGAACUGCCCUCUUGUGGGCACCUUAAUACCCUCGAGCUAUGCCUGAAUACGCCUUUGAGCUUAAUUGAGGCGACCCCGAUUGCUGAGCUUCUCAAGAGCACUGCGACCCUCAUAAAGUUGAUAAUGGAUUUCAGAGUAGACAAGGUAGCGGCACGCACCAUCCUCGAGGCACUCGCUGUCAACAGGAGUGUGCGUUUUUUGACCAUCAAGCGAUGGACGAUGGCUCGGCGCAACGCCAGGUUCCUGUCCGCGGUCGUGCAGACGAGCCGGACGCUCCUUCUGCUUCGGUUCUACGGCGUCAGUGACGACAAAACGAGCAGCCAGCUUGUAGCUUCCAGUCUGGCGGAGCGGAUUGCCGACAACCACACAAUCUUCUGCGCUGACGUUCGCCCGCUCAGAAGCGGUCACCGGCAGCCCUGGCUCGUCUUGCAAGCGGUCACCUUGAGGAACAAAUCACUAUUAGCGAGGGCUGUGCGAUUCGCUACCGAGGAUAUUUGGACCAUAAUCGGCUUCGACCUGCAGCGCAAGAGAGGCGCCGAGGCUAUUGACCUGGUCGCUCCAAGUUACGCGGAACCGCUGCUUUCGGCCGAUCUGCCGCACGUGCUUUUUCACCGCAAACACAAGGAAAACAUGCGCAGGUCCUGGCUGCGCAUUCGAGAGAUGCAGGCUUUCAUGCGUGUCACGGGUGUAGUCAGGCUAAGGGUCACUUGUUACCCAGAACCAGACGGGCGACCGCAACUGAGCGCGCUUCCCAGGGACUGUUGGUUACGCAUCCGCCAGUGUCUCAAGGUCGGCGACGUUCUCGACCCGACCACUUAAUUCACAAAUGAAGAUCUGGGUGUAUACUACUCUAGCCUAGUAGAGUUUGUGUACUGAUCUCGUGGCUGUGUUGGAAAAUUGUAAAAUGAGCAGCUUAACUUGCAGGGCAUCUAAGCAGAAUACAAAGGUGACCCUAUGGGCAUUCGCGUGACCUCAGUGAAGUUUUUGUUCAAUACACUAGGUGUUUACCCUUCAGAAAGAGCUCCAAUGAACUUUCCGAAAGGUCUUACGGGUAAAAUAAAGAAAAUUCAAGGUCAUGAAGAUAGCAUGGUAGUCAGUCUGAUUGAGCGGCUAAAUUUCAGCACGCCAUCCCGCUUAGAAACGUUCAUGUUUAAAUAAAGGGUGUGUAUCA